UGGUGCGCUGCAUGCGAUGCCUUUGCUAUGACCUUUGCACGUUAACGUGACGUUUGAGACGGCUUUUAAAUCGCUGUCAAAGUGAGGGUGACCGUUUUCAGAACUACUCGUCUGCUAAAUUCAAAUAUUUUGCCGUUGAUCAUUUCAUUUUAAAAUUCGCCAAGAUGUCUGACAGGAAAUUUUUUGUUGGAGGUAACUGGAAGAUGAAUGGUAGCAAGAGUUCCAUUGAUGGCAUUGUUCAAUUUCUUUCAGCUGGUCCCCUAGAUCCAAAUACUGAGGUCGUUCUUGGUUGUCCAUCAAUAUAUAUGGAUUAUGCUAUUUCAAAGAUGCCAAAAACUAUUAAGAUUGCAGCUCAAAAUUGCUACAAAGUUCCUAGUGGUGCUUUUACUGGGGAAAUUAGCCCAGCAAUGAUCAAAGAUGUUGGAUCUGAGUGGGUUAUUUUAGGACAUUCAGAAAGACGUGCCAUUUUUAAAGAAGAUGAUGCACUUAUUGCUGAAAAAACGGCACAUGCUUUAGCAGAGGGACUCAAAGUAAUUGCUUGUGUUGGUGAACUUUUGGAAGAGAGAGAAGCUGGAAAAACACAAGAAGUUGUAUUUCGUCAAACAAAAGCAAUUGCUGACAAGGUUUCAGAUUGGAAGAGAGUUGUAAUUGCUUAUGAACCAGUAUGGGCCAUUGGAACAGGGAAAACAGCUAGCCCUGAACAAGCUCAAGAAGUGCAUGAACAAUUACGAAAAUGGUUGGCAGAUAAUGUUUCAGCUGAUGUUGCCAAGACCACUAGAAUUUUAUAUGGUGGCUCAGUCACUGCUUCUAAUUGCAAAGAGCUAGCCAAGAAACCUGAUGUUGAUGGCUUUUUGGUGGGUGGAGCAUCCCUGAAACCAGAAUUUGUACAGAUCAUCAAUGCUAGGCAAUGAGACUGAAACUUGUGCUUCUAUUUCUCUUUCAGUUCCUGAUUGCUGCGUAAAAAAUUUUUCAUUGUGCAAGUCUAAUAUGUGUUUUAUGUUCCAAAAUUUUACUGUAAUUUUUUUUAAAUCCUGUUUUCCUAUUGAUAUAGUUUAUGAACUGUCAGAUUCCUUGUUAUUUAGAUGUUUUUGUUGAAGAAAAUUAUGUUAAUUAUUAAUCAAGUCAUAAAGUAGAUCUGUGAAAGCUGAUGUGUAAAUCUGAAUCAUUGUCAAUGAAUUCAAUAUUGUCCUAUAUCUUUUCAUUGAAUAUGAAAUCAGUUGGUGUGUUAUAAUUUCCAAACAUUAAAUACCUCUUUUACAAUCAUUCAAAAACUGGCACAUUAAAAAAGUAUUAUGGCAUGAA